AUGUCGAAAACUGGUUUUAGGGGGAAGUAUGGUCGGUCUCCUAGCGGUCGUACUGAGGAUUCUCACGACUCCUACGAGCACCGUCGAAAAAAAAGGCAAAACAGGCUUCCUGAUUCCGACUUUUCCAAUAAGUUUCCCGUUCCUCCCCCUAUUGUUCCCCCUGGGUUCAAUCAAAUGGUUCCUCCUUUGAAUCCCGUCAAGGGCAUGCCUAUGAUUGUUCCCGGUAUGCCUUUGCCGCCUCCAAUACUCAUGAACAUGCCCCUUCCUCCUCCAGACUCUGAUCCUGAGGAGAUUAAGAAGGCUCUUAAGAUGAUCAUGUCAAAUUUUCCCGUUCAUCCUCCUAAGGACGGCAAGCUUCCCUUUCCUCCUACUCACAAGCAUCCGAGUGUUAGGAAGAGGGGUCGCCGUGAUUCUGUUCCUGAGCACCAGGAAGUGAGUAAUGAGGAGCUCUUUGACCGUCAAGUCGAUAAACUUCUUGACCAGUUUCUCAGCCAGGACGACUUUUCCUUCAGUUUAACUCAGAUUCCUGGUCUUGUGAUGAAGCGUUUCCUCAAAUCUAGUACCAUCAAUGAGAUUGAAAGGCGCGCCUCUAGGCGUAAUCAGAAGGUCAGGUUCCUCGACCACCUCGAUAUCGCCAAGCUCAGCUCUGCUCUGCGCACUACUUGCUGUUCUCCCUCCCUUGAGAAGACUCAUCGGGAAUAUCAAUCUCUUGGCCUAGGAAAGGUUGAAGGCGUUCUGCCCUUCGUGGAUGGCCUUGAGUAG